AUGCGUGUCUAUUGGGCUUCUAUGUCCAACACCCUCUUUGUGAUGCUGACGUCCGUUCUCGCCGGCCGAUCCGCCCGGCCAUUCCUACCACGCUUUUCUAUUGUCCUCAAAGAUAACGACCAGUCUCUGGAAACAAGCGACAUCAAGCUUUCGACCUCAAUCUCCCCAGCUAAACUUGCACAGCUCCAAUUGGAAACCGUUCUUGUGGGAUGGAAACCACUAAUCAGAGCUGGAAUCAAACAGACCUUUUCCAGCUCACAACAAGUUCAAAGCUCUUAUCGAGUCUCUUCUUCUGUGAUCAAUAAUUUCAGAUUGCAAGCCAUGGAGAAUGGCCAAAGAGUGACUCUCAAUGACCUUCUAAUGGCUUUUAUCUGGAAGGCGUCAACCGCAUCCCAAUCCUGGAAGCAAGAUUCUUCUCAUCAGAGAUAUCCAGCAUUUUCCUUUGUCCUCAACAUUCGAAGACAGAUCAAGCAAGAUACGGACCUUCAUAAUCCUUGGGUCAUUGUUCAAGUGCCCAAGCCGCCUCACAACUCUAGCCUUGGGGUGAAAAACAUCAUUGACCUCGCUGCGCAUAUUCGUGAGACCAUCCGCCAUGCGCGUACAACGGAUUGCCUUCGCCCAAUCAUUGAUCACCAUAAACGUUCCCUGGGGAAGCCACUGAUGCUUGAUACGGAACUCCUUGUGACCUCAUGGUCGCAUAUAUGCUUGUAUAAAACAGAUUUUCAAUUGGGCAAGAAUCCAACAAUCCAACCUGAGUACGUACAGCCGUUUGUCAGGAUGCCUGGUCUAUUCCGAAAGCUUGGCAUGCGCAUCGAAAACACUGUUGUGACCAGUCAGGAUGGCAAUGGUGGGUUCUGGAUACAUGGAAAUCUAGAGGAAGUUGUGUGGGGGAGUCUGGCAAGCAUUACAAGCUUGAUUGAGUAA